CACCUUUUAUCUGAUUGGAUUCGAGAAGCUUCAAACGUCCCGCGUAGCCGUUCAGAAAACACCGUUCGGAUAAGACACGACACAACAGUCGGAAGCAGAAGCAGCAGCAGCAGCAGCAGCAGCAACCGUGCCAAUGGUGACUCUGCAACUACUUGCCGCCGAUUGCUCCAAUCCAGUGCUCGUCCUCAAACCCUCCUCCUCCUCCUCCUCCUCUCUUCUUCUUCUUCUUCUUCCAGUAGAGCCUCCAAAACUCGCCUCCUUUUCCCCAGAGCCUCUCUCCCCCAAAGGCACCACCACCACUCUUCGUCUCUCAACCGCCGCCACUUUGUUUCCCAAACCGCCGCUCUCUCGCUCGCUCCCCUGGUUGGAGGCUCCCUUCUAGAGGCCAAAUCGGAGGAGCCUCUUCUCUCCGAAUGGGACAGGGUCUACCUCCCCAUCGAUCCCGGUGUUGUCCUUCUCGACAUCGCUUUCGUUCCCGACGACCCCAAUCACGGUUUUCUGCUGGGCACUAGGCAAACUAUUUUAGAAACAAAGGAUGGGGGCAACACUUGGGCCCCGCGGUCAAUAGCCUCUGCUGAAGAUGAAGAUUUCAAUUACAGGUUUAACUCCAUCAGCUUUAAAGGGAAGGAGGGUUGGAUUGUUGGAAAACCUGCGAUUCUGUUGUACUCUUCUGAUGCUGGAGAAAGCUGGGAGAGAAUACCAUUAAGUGCUGAACUUCCUGGCGAUAUGGUAUACAUAAAAGCAACUGGAGAAAAGAGUUCAGAAAUGGUAACAGACCAAGGGGCAAUUUAUGUUACAUCAAACAGGGGCUACAACUGGAAAGCUGCUGUGCAGGAGACCGUUUCAGCUACUCUUAAUAGAACAGUUUCCAGUGGUAUUAGUGGUGCAAGUUACUACACGGGCACUUUUAACACUGUGAAUCGCUCUCCAGAAGGAAAUUAUGUUGCUGUUUCAACCCGCGGUAACUUUUAUCUAACUUGGGAGCCUGGGCAGCCAUUUUGGCAGCCACAUAACAGGGGAGUUGCACGAAGAAUUCAAAACAUGGGAUGGAGAGCUGAUGGUGGUCUUUGGCUUCUUGUGCGGGGUGGGGGACUUUUUCUCAGCAAAGGUACAGGGAUAACGGAGGAUUUUGAAGAAAUUCCUGUACAGAGUCGUGGUUUUGGCAUUCUUGAUGUUGGGUACCGUUCUAAGGAUGAAGCUUGGGCUGCUGGAGGUAGUGGGAUUCUUUUAAGAACCACAAAUGGUGGCAAGACAUGGACCCGUGACAAAGCAGCUGAUAAUAUUGCAGCAAAUCUCUAUUCAGUAAAGUUUAUCAAUGAACAGAAGGGAUUUGUUCUGGGAAAUGACGGUGUCUUGCUUCGUUACCUUGGUUAAAUUACAUAAAUGGCAAGCUGAAACAAGUUCAGGGGAUCCUGCAUUGAGGAACUAAAGAAAAACCAAAAGUUCAAAGGGCCAUUAGUUGUGAAAUUGUUCUGGUCAUCAGAUUGAGGAUGAGAUUUUUGAGGCAAAACAAAUUCAACAGUUUCAUCCUGAAUGCUGAGGCAAUGCUGUAUGGUGGAGUUUAAUACUAUGAAGAUAAUUACUUUAUAAGUGAUUGGAGAUUGUAAUUGCAUGUAUGUAAAUGUGCUGUUACAAACAAUUGAUUGCUUAAUUUUAUAAUUUACCAUUCUUUACUAGA